GUCACACAAGCUAUCACUGGAUGUUUUGCUGAGAUCGACCGCUAUCUGGCGGAGUAUCUGGUUGUGUUCUAUCCUCUAGCGAAUGUUUGCAUUCACUCAUUGAUCCGUUUGAUUAGUGGUCGUCCCAAAUACAAAGUCAACGUGACAUACGCGAAAUGCUGGUAAUUAUGCAGAAGGAGCGGGAGGAUCGUCAGAACUUCCUGAUGACGAUUGAAAGCCUGGUCAUUCGUGGGCAGUCAUAUGUAGGGCCGACCGCGACGCAAUCAAUCGGAACUGCUAUACGUGGUUGUGUGACACUCAUAGAUGCAACAGGCCACCAAUAUCCAAUACCGGUGGACUUCUGCACCUCAUUUGAGCAAUUCAAUGAGAUGCUCAAAGUUCUGUUUAAACGCAACUCGAUCGAAGCUCAAAUACAGAAACAGUAUAUGGAAAGCGGACAAUACGAUUUGUGCAUUGACGAGGGCACGCAAGUGACUCGACUUACAAGCAAUGAAUGGUUAAACCUUGAAGUGGGCACGAAGGUUGUUAUGAGGGUCAUCAUUCAGCAGACACCAUCAUCCUCUGGAGUUUCCUACAGAUGUUCUUGUGGCAUGGUGAAUCCCCUUGGCGUUGAGCCUAUCAUAUAUUCGCUUGAACGACAGGCUAAUUCCUCGGUUGAUUGUCGAAAGUGUGGGCGACGGUUUCAGAUUUCUCGUGCAUCUUCCCGUGAAAAGCAUAGUUCUGGUGCUCGAUCGUCUAACAUUGUUAUCGGUGAGACAACUGACGCAGGGACGGACCUUAUUCGCAACUUUCACGUCCAACAAACUGUAUGUCGGCAUAAAAUUGUAAUUUUAAGCUGAAUACUUAACGGUGUCUCGCUGUCAGGAAUUUCCAUCUCUUGACGGGGCGUUUCAGUGUCUGUGGGGGGACUGCAACCGCAUAAUUCUCGGCUGCCAGGCUUAUCGUCACUUGCGCGAAUUUCACGGCGUUCGGGGGGCGGAUAUGACGCGCGUAAUUUGCUCGUGGGGUUACUGCAA